GCAUACAAUCGGUCAUAUGUCUUGGGCUGGGGUUGUAAAUGUCAAAAACAAAAUCUAACCUCUACUGCGUUAUUGUUGACCGCGUGAGAUUUUAGUGCAAAAGUUAAAUAAUUAGUAAAAAUAGUGUAUAUAUAAUCAGUAAUAAUGGGCAAAGUAAGAUCAGCCCCGGGGGCUCCCCGGAAACAAGGCUUUAACAAAUCUGGGCACUCUAUGAACCCAGAUAGACCGACGGAAGGUUUGAAAGCUGUUGGGAACCCCAGAACAAAAGGAACGAUCAAGAGGUUGCAGAUGUACCGGAAUUUUAAAGCCAAAAGAGAUAAAACUGGAAAAAUUUUGAGUCCUGCUCCUUUCCAAGGUUGGUUGCCUUCAGGUACACGAGCUCGCGUGGAACCUAACCAAAAAUGGUUUGGCAAUUCUCGUGUAAUUUCGCAAAACGCUCUACAAAAAUUUCAAGAAGAGUUUGGAGCAGCAAUCAAGAACCCGUAUCAAGUUGUGAUGAAACCUACAAACUUGCCUAUAUCACUACUUAAUGAGAAAGCAAAGAAUGCUAGAGUCCAUUUGCUAGAUACAGAAGGCUUCGAUAAAACUUUCGGGCCUAAGAAACAGAGAAAGAGAGUCAAUUUAAAGUUUGGUGAUUUACAAUCACUGUCAAAAGCAGUCGAAGAAAAUGUAGAAAAGUAUGAUGAGAAUAAAGAUAUAGACAGAGUGAGGGAAGAUACAGGAGUCAAAGAAGGUCAAAGGGACUGGGUGUUUGGUGCUGGGAUGAGUCGUCGUAUAUGGAAUGAGCUGUACAAAGUAAUUGAUUCAUCAGAUGUCUUGUUACAAGUCCUCGAUGCCCGUGACCCCAUGGGCACAAGAAGUCCAUACGUUGAAAAGUUUUUGAGAGAUGAGAAGCCACAUAAACAUUUAAUUUUCAUUCUGAACAAAGUUGAUUUGGUACCUAACUGGGUAACACAGCGAUGGGUUGCUAUAUUGAGCGCUGAAUAUCCUACAGUUGCUUUCCAUGCCUCCCUGACACAUCCAUUCGGAAAAGGUUCACUUAUCAACCUACUCCGACAGUUUGCUAAACUACACAUAGACAAAAAGCAAAUCAGUGUAGGUUUUAUUGGAUACCCAAACGUUGGUAAAUCUUCUGUUAUUAAUACAUUGAGAUCCAAGAAGGUUUGCAAAGUGGCACCAAUUGCUGGAGAAACAAAAGUCUGGCAAUACAUUACUUUAAUGAAAAGGAUAUACUUGAUUGAUUGUCCUGGAAUAGUUUAUCCUUCUGCAGAAACAGAUACUGAGAAGGUAUUGAAAGGAGUUGUGAGAGUAGAGCUAGUACAAAAUCCUGAUGAUUAUAUUGAAGAAGUCAUCAAAAGAGUGAGGAAAGAAUAUUUGAUCAAGACAUACAAAGUUGAUGGAUGGGACACAGCAACAGAAUUUUUGGAAAAACUUGCUGCUCGAACUGGUAAAUUGUUGAAAAAGGGAGAGCCAGAUGUUAAUCAAGUUGCAAGAAUGGUUCUUAAUGACUGGCAGAGAGGUAAACUUCCCUUCUAUGUGGCACCUGAAGGUUUUCAAGUACCUUUAUCAAAACAACAAAACGAAGAUGAAAUAAAUGUAGCAAAAGCAACUACUGAAGAAACAAACAAAGAGGUUGCAGCUGAUACUCCUCAAACAGAAGUAGAAGAUGUACCUGAGAAGCCAACUAUGACUGUUAAUAAAUUGGUAAUAGCUCAAGACUUUGCUAAAAUUAGAGUAGGUCUACAGUUUGACAAUGAAGAUGAUGUUAAACCACUAAAGAAAUCCAAAAUUCCUGAUGAACUUAAAGGAAUUGAUGAACAAAAUGAGGAAGAUGAAAAACCAAAAGAGGAUGAUGAGUCAGAAACAGAUGAUGAAGCCCAGGAUAAAACUCAAGAAGAUAAUGAUGAUUCUUCAGAUAUAAGUGAUUUCUACAGUAAUGAUGAAGCUGAAUGCAGUGAUGUGGAAGACCAUUUGACACAUGACGAUAAUACAAUUAAAGACUUGAAACGGAAAAGGCUUGAGGCUGCCAGUGGAGCAUUCAUUGUUGAUGAGAUACCUACUAAAGCAAAGAAGAGUGAGAAUGUAAAGGUGGGAAAGAAAAUGACUGCCAAGCAGAGGAGAGCAGUAGAAAGGGCACAGAGGCGGACCAAGACAGGAAGCAACUUUUAUGAAGUUGCUAAUAUGUCAUCCGGCAGUGAGAGUGAUGACGACUACGUACCUGGAGAACCUGAGCAGCUCUCUGAAGAAGAAUCUGCCGACGAUGAAACCGACUUACAGUAUGAAAAAGAAGUAGAACACAAAGCUAAAAAACGAAAAACAGCUGCAGCAGCAAAAACUACAAAGAAAAGGAAAACAAGAAACGGUACAAAGGAACCUACUCCUGAGCCGGAAGAAAAGAAAGUCGAGCAGCCUGAACAAAUUGAUCCUGUGGACGAGAAAAAAAAAGAAGACGACUUAUGGGCUAAAUUUCUAGAAGGAACAGACUCCAAACCCAAACCCACCGCAAAUGUAUCGAGUACAAAUAAUGAACCAGUUAAACCGGUAGUAGAUAAAGUAAAACCUGAGACAAAGGUUGAAAAUACAAAUGAUGAUAAAGCGAGAGAGAAACGAAUAUUUGAAUUUGCUGGGGAAACUAUUGUCGUAGAAAACAACGUCAUAAAAGAGAAGAUAAAAACUGCUGAAGCUCCCGCCUCAGCAAAGAUUCAAGUUGGGUCGUCAUCUCGCGGGUCGUCGGGUCUGUCCGGUGUACUCGGCCAACUCAACAAGAAAGACAAAUUAUCCACCUUAGAGAAGUCGAAGCUUGAUUGGACUACAUACAAACAACAAGAGGGGCUUGAUGAAGAAAUUCAAAGUCACAAUAAAGGGAAAUCGGGUUAUUUGGACCGUCGAGAUUUCCUGGAACGGGCAGAUCUCCGUCAGUACGAAAUUGAGCGUGAUCUGAGACUCAGCCGACGAAGCAAUCGGUAGGACACCUAACCAACGAGGGCUUGGCAGCUCAAUUACUCGUAAAUAUUCGUUAGCGACAACUUUCAACGUCUGAUUAAAUGUUAAUUGCAUUAAUUGUGACUGAUUUAAUCUGACUUAUUAAGCCAUUUGUUACGAUACUGAAUAAUUUUGUACAACGAUUUGUGUAGUGCGUACAGUGACCGCCCCUAGUGGUGGUUAAUUGAAAUUUUGUUCGUCUCAUGAUACAUAAGUUUAGGUACAUGUUUAUGUAACUAUGUGAAUCUUUAAUAAAUGUCGCUCUCAAUAAUAAACACGUUUACGUAA